GGAGUAUAUGACGUCACGCGCUCCCGCGGAAGUACCGAGUUAGAAAAUAGAGGUUAUGCUGCAUCGAGCACCGCGGGUGAAGGAUAUUUACAUGUAAAUACAAGUACAGCCAUGAGCUGAGGCUCCCCAAACCAGCCUUUCUCCAUGAUGAACGACAAGCUGGUGUUCCUGGGUCUGCUGUACUUCAUCCAGGGCAUUCCCUAUGGCCUGCAGUCGUCCCUGCUCCCGGUUUACCUGCGUGGUGCUGGUCACUCUCUCACCCGCAUCAGCCUCACCAAAAUCCUCUACUUCCCCUGGGUGCUCAAGGUCCUCUGGGCCCCUCUGGUGGACCGGACAGGCACCAAACGCUGCUGGUUGGUGGGCACAGUGGCGGGUUUGGCCAUGACCUGUUUGUUAAGUGCCACCAUCACACCCGAUGUUCAGUACAUGAGUGUCGCAGGCUCUUUGCUUGCAAUGAAUGUGCUGGCAUCUGUACAGGACAUAGCGGCAGACGGAGCUGCAGUUCGGCUGCUCCGAGGUCAGGGAGAGCUUGGUCUGGGCAACACGGUGCAGGUGGUGGGCUAUAAAGCCGGGUCUGUGUUUGCUGGAGGGGGGCUCCUGGCUGUGAUUGAUGUUGCAGGCUGGGGAUGGAUGUUUGCUCUGCUGGCCUGUGUUUACGGUGGUGUCGCUCUGUUCGUUUGGGGAGCCCCGGUGUUGGAUGGAGAGCCGGCGCGGGGACAGGGAGAAGGACGGAGAGGGUCAAAGGAUCUCAUGCAGCCCUGGAAGGUGUGGAGGAAGCUGUUAUCGGUGCCAGGAACAACAUGGACGAUGUUCUAUGUCCUCACGUACAAGUUGGGUGAACAGGGGGCGAUCACCAUGUUUCCUCUCUUCCUGCUGGACCACCACAUGACAGCCAGAGAGCUGGGGGUCUGGAAUGGGGUUGUUGCCAUGGCCUUUUCCAUCUGCGGCUCGUCAAUUGGGGGAUUUUUGCUCUCUCAGUACAGUAUUGGCCUGUUGAUGAGACGUGUGUUUAUGAUGCGGACAAUAAGCAUGGUCUUCCAGAGCUCACUUCUCGUAGUGCUGGAGCCCUCGCCAAUGAUGAAAGUUAUGGCGGUGCUGAGUCUGAGUUUGCAGCAUUUCAUUGCGGGUCUGAUCACCACACUGACUUUCACCACGAUGAUGAACUGCACACAGAGAGCCGAGGAGAGCAUACAGGCUACCCACUACAGUUUUCUGGCCACUUUGGAGGUCCUUGGGAAGCUGAGUUUUAGUGCCCUGGCUGGAGGAAUGGUGGACACUGUUGGCUUUCCCAUAGCUUUCAUCCUCUUCCUCUUCCUCACCUCCAGCAGUGCCCUGCACGUGUGGAGAGCCACAGAGACCGGAGUCUUGAAGGAGCAGCUCAAAGAACAGCCAAAGUGACCAGUGUGAGCCUUUUACAGUCAGAGGGUGGACGCAGGUCACCAAAUAACCAGUGAUGCCAAUGUGAUCUUUUUAUUUGCAGUUAUUUAUGACACAACCAGCAAAAGAGGCACACAAACACACUCUCUCUCUGUCUCAAAAAAAAAAGCCAGUAUCUCUGUGAAAAACACUGCAAUAGUUAAACAGCAACACUGCACCUCUGCAGUCAAAUAGCUUUAAAGGCUCUUGCUUUCUAACAACGAUGGCAAGCAAACUAAGCUGUGGCAACUAUGAUUUAGUCUGUCUCAAGGAGAACAGUCAAUCAUUUUAAGAAAUUAGUAAGCUAAAUGGUUAAUACAUUAUGUUUUCUAUAAUAAACAAUAUUAUUCAGAGCAAUUUAACUGUUUAUAAAUGCUUGAUAAGGGGUGUAGUCUAGUUUGGUUUAGUUAAACACACUUGCCAUUUAUAUAUUUCUUUAAAUACAGCUUGUUUUCACCUUAAAAUUACUUUUUUGGGAAUCUGAUGCCCUCUAGAUGUUUGCCUUUUUUUAAACCUCAAGUUUAUUGACCAUUAAGCAAAAUUCUGCUUUUUAAAGUCUUUGGAUCGAGUUAUGGUACUGUGCUAAGUGGAGUGCUUUUUGUAUUCUCAGUGCAAUAUUUAUAUUAAAGGGGUCAUAUCGUGGAGAAAUGAAUAUUGCUGUUUCAGGUUGAGUGUGCUUAGAGAAAACCACACCUUUUGAAAAUAUUAUGCAUUUGCUAUUUAUAAAAAUAUAUAAUUAUAUAAAUGGUCAUAAACCCAAUAACCAAACACAUUCCUGAAUACACAUAAAAAAGUUAAAUGAUUUCACUUGAUAAUGUAGUGCAUCUCAAAUAUUGUGUUAAAGGGGUGGUCCAGAUUGUAUUUUUAAGGCUUGGGUGUGUUUAUAAGAUGCAAAGCAAUCUGUGCUCAUGCUUCAUUCGUAGAAAAUCAUGUUAUUAUUUCAUAUAUCUUAUAUACUGCUACUCAGCUAACAUGAAAACGACCAUAUUUUCCUAGUUCCUCCAAAAGGCUUGCCCUCAAAAGGCUCUGAUUGGUCAGCUAACAUAAUAGGCUGUGAUUUGCGGACCGGUUCCACAUCAACAGGAAAAGCAUUACGCCCCUACAAGCAUGCGAUUUUGCGCUGUGUAAACACUGUCAGUCAGAGUAGCUGUUAGACGUAUCAGUUUGAGCCUUUCCCUGCUAUAACAUUACAGUGCCUCGCUGUAGGCUUUGCUAAGCCAAUUCUGUAAAAGCCAAUAUCUCCCUCUUUGUUCAUAUUAUAUUCGGAGAUUUUCACAUAUCUACAUUGCACAUGAACUAAUAAAAUAUGACAUCGAAGUGGACCACCCCUUUAAUGAUUCUAAAAAUAUCUGAGCGAAUGUCGGUCAUCAGAAAGAUGUUAUAUAAUCAUCUCCCAGAUUUAAUUGUGUUUCUAAACAUAGGUUCCACACAAUUCAAGUCAUCCUAACACAAAUCAAUUUUAAGUGGAUUGAAAAUAAAACAAUUAAGUUAUCUAAAUAAAAUCUCAAUGUUUGUGUUGUUUCAGCUUAUUUUAAAGACGUAGUUUAAACAAGCAGCAAUAAAUCGUUUUUUUGCACCCAGCUUCAAACUUACGGCAACAUGGCAUCAAUUGAGUGUGCCAUUUAAAAUGCAAUUAUUAUGAGCUACAGUGGUUUUCCUGCUUGCAGAAACUUUUUAUUUUUUCAAUUAAUGCUUUAGUGCUUUUACGGUGCUUUAUUUACAAAGGUUUUGUGUUUUUGUUCUGUUGCUGCACUCAAACAAUUAUGUUUGCUGUUUGUUUAAACUAUUUAAAAUUAGAUGAAAUAACACAAUUCUUGAUAGUAUUUUGAGGACAAAUGGAUUGUUUUAUGUUCAAUUUGUAAAAACGUUACUUUGGUAAGCUUAAAUUGGUCAAGUUAAUAAUUAUUUCAUGUUGUCCCAACACAAAUCAAUUUUGUGGAACCCAGCAUUUUUUACAAUGUGGUUGUUUACAGCAGCUAAAGCUCAGUUUGUCCUUCUUAGGAAUAUUUGUAAAUGUUUGGAAAGAGUUGCCCCACAGCAACGUGACUCAACUGUUUCUCCAUGCACAGAUGGCGUUUGCAUACAGUAUGAGCGUUUUAAAGGUACAACAUAAGAAACCUCAUCCAGAGAGAUCACGGCUAAUUCAGUUACGACUGAAUUAAAUCAGGUUUGUUUAUGAUGGAGGAAACUUGACUGACAUUGUAAAUGGACCUCAGGGAAAAAUAUGUUUGUGAAAGGAUAUGACCCCUUUAAUGUCUGUUAAAUACUGUACAUUAACAGUUAAACUCAUCAAGCUCAUUUUUUUGAGCCGACACUGUAUUAUUUGAAAUGUUGAAUUUAUUUUAUUUUUUGAAUCAUGAAUUGUCUGCAUUUUCUAUGCAAUAACACAUUUAUCCAUAAUUAUAGCAUAUUAUAACUUUUAAGGUUUCUGCUGGUCUUAAGAUUUAUUUUGUCCUUUCAUAACUUUAAGUCAUAAAGUUAAAGUUGAAAGUUGUAAAUUCAUGAGGUCAUUGCCAAAAAAAAAUCUACAUAUUUUUAAGUAUAUCUAUUUUCCAAUGCAAAUAUCUAAACAUCCUGAGGUCAAGAUACAUUUACUUGGAAUUUGACAUGAGGAAAAUACGUUUGUUUUUUUUAAUGUAAUUUUAAUUUUUAUAACAUGAACAAUUAUUUGCAACAUACUGUAGUAGGAUUUUUUUUUUUUUUUGUCCUGGCCCAUUAGUAGACAUUUGUUCUUGUUUUGAUCACAUACUUGCUUCUCUUUGUAAACAGAAAUCUUUUCUUUGUCUAUUUUCAUCUCUUAGUAAUCUUUGUAAAAAAUAAAUAAAUAAAAUAAGACAUUUUACCUAGUGUCAUUUUGCUUUGCAUGUAAAUCUUGACUUGAGAUGUUUAUAAAUUUGCACUGGUUAACAAUAGAAAAAUACUGAUCAAGAACAUCACAUCAGAAAGUACAAUGCAAGUUAUACACUAUUUGGCAGCAGAUUUAUAAACCUAUAUGCACUGGAAAAAAGCUUUCAUUCAUCCAAUUAAAAAAAUAAAUAAAUAGGAUUAGGGUAAUGGUUAACAUCUAAAUUUCACCACUUGUCUAAAAUGAAAAACAAAUAAAUUGCCUUAAACAAUAUUUUCUAUUUCCAUAUGAACAAUUUUAUAUAACCUGGUACAAAGCAUGUUUGUCUUGUUGAAGAAAGUCAAUUAAUUUAAAUUAUCUUUUUGUUCUAAGCAAGUUCCUAUAAAAUGUUCAUUCAUCCAAUAAUAAAAAAAAUAGAGUAAUGGUUUCACAUCUACAUUUGAUCACUUGAGCUAAUGAAAAAUAAAUAAUUUGCCUUAAAACAACAAUUUUCUUAGUCCAUGUAAGUACAAAGCAUCUUGACCUCCUGCACUUGCCUGUGUGAGUAACCUUAAAAUUUUACAUUGGUCAGUCAAAUAUUUUUUAGUUGAGCUCUUAAUCAAAACCAUUUUUUAUUUAACUAUGCUUUAAACUUAAAAUAGAUUAAUUGAAAAAUAAAACAAAUAAUAUUAAAUUAAAACGAAAGAUAGUUUUUUAAUUGAAUGAAGUACUUCUUGAAAGUCUCCAGUGUACUAUAUUCUUUGUAAAAUGAAUUUUUUUAAAGCGUGUUACUGAUAUAAAGUGUACUUUUUUGUGUACUUCUAUAAAUUUACAUUUAGAGAAUGCAUCAUCAUAUGUAACUGGCAUCUAUUCGGGUUAUCCAUUAAAUAUUCCUAUAUAACUGGGCUUUAGAGAGAGGUCUAUAAAAAGUUUUACGUUUACCUUUAGAGACCUGUCAGAAACACAAACUUUGCUGUAAUCGUGCCUCAUGCAGUAUAGUGAAAUAACAAACCUUAAUCCAGAAGUUCUGGUAAAGGAAAUUUUCUGAGCCAAUUCUCAUAUUUUUGAGUUUUUUUUUUUUUUAGUUGCUUUUCUUUUUUUCUUUUUUUUGUAAAAUGUAAUUGAUUUAAUUAUUUUUUGUAAUUGUCUGCAAAGCCAGAUCAUGUGGGGAUAUUGUUAAGACUAUGUACAAUAUGUGUAUGUGUGGGACUUGCUAUAACUGUUUACGAAGCCAUCAGUUACAUACAGUACUUAUACAAAUGUCAUUUUAGUGUAUUAGAGGGAAUAUAAAUUGCAAAAAACAGCUAAUGAAAAUGCAACUGCACAUGUUUAACACAGUUACACUAUGUUUUCCAAUAAAUAUAUAUGUGAAAAACAUGAGACCGCUUGAAAAUAGUCAGUUUCUCUGGAUUUACAUUUUAUAUAUAGUUAUGUUUGAGUAAAAGAUUUGUUCAAAUCCAUAAACCACUAAUGAAACUUCUACCAAAUUUACAAAACAUUGCCAUUUAGAGUUUUUUUCUCCACAAGAAAUAGCAAAAAUAAUGUUUUACAUUCAUUUUAGUCAUUGCAGUACCAAUAAUUUAACUUCAGAAGAGUUAUAACUUGGAAUAACCCAUCAUUUUCUAAAAAACACAGAAAAAUGCUUCUUUAAAAAAACUAAUAUCAACAAUAUACUCAAACCUAUACCUAAUAAAUUCAAUAAUGUCAGAGAUACUUUUCAAGUGGUCUCUUGAUUUGUUCCAUUGCUGCAAACAUGCACGAUACUAUAGUGUACCAUUUUCAUAUAAUAUUAUGUGCGGUGCUUUUCUUCCUUUUUUCCUUUAUUUGAAAAAUAGAAACAGCCACAACUGAAUAAGACUGGUCAAAAUUUCAGCCUUUAAUGAGAUAAAUGAAAAAGGUAUGGCCAACUGAUGAUAUUUUGUCAUUAAAUCUUCUGAUGAGUAAAGCCCUUACCAAAACAAGGCUUUUUUUUUGCCAUAUUAGCUCUGACUAUAGGAGACUCAAAAAUAAAAAGCUAUUACUGUA